UUCCCAUUUUGCCCUUCCUUCAUCCUCAAAAACCCCGUCCCUUCAGCACCAUUCUUACUCUCUCGCACUUCUUCCCUUCUCUUCCUUCCCCAUUUUCCAAAUUGCAACAGUUUUUGAUUUGAACAGAAUUCAAAUCAAUCGUAACUCUCUCCGGUUACUUUAGUACAAUUCUUGUUUUUGUAUUUAUUAUUUUUUAAAAGAGUUUUUUUUUUUUAAUGGAGACACCGGAUUUCUUUGGUGGAGGUUACUUCAAUGCCACGUCAGCGAACAGUUUCUCGCCGGAGAAGCGAAUUGCUGCUGACCAAAAGCUCGGUGAGAACUUCAACUUCACCAUUGAAGACCUGCUUGAUUUCUCUAACGACGACGUGAUUAUCAGUGACGGUGUUCUCCUCGACAAUGUUACUGGAAACUCCACUGAUUCUUCCACCGUUACGUGCAAUUCCGCUGCUUCUGGCGGAGACAACAACUGCGCAGGAAACUUCGGUGGCAACAGUUUCGCUGACUCUCAGUUCUCCGGCGAAUUAUGUGUGCCGUACGAUGACUUGCCUGAUCUCGAAUGGCUGUCAAAUUUUGUGGAGGAUUCAUUCUCAAUAGACCAGAAUUUACAACACAAUCACAUGCAUUUGUUAUCCGGAUCCAAAGCACUCACACCCGAAUCAUCAUCCUCCUGCACCCAAUUAUCGGAGCACGCCAGCAACCUGGUUUUCCUACCUGAAACCCCCUUGCCCGGCAAAGCUCGGUCCAAGCGCUCCCGUGCAGCACCUUGUGAUUGGUCCACGCGACUCCUUCACGUCUCUACGAAGGCAUCCACUAUGAAACGUGAGAAUUUGAGUUCAAGUUUAGAUACAGAGUUGGGAUCAAUUCGGAAAUGCUUGCAUUGUGGGGCAGAGAAAACCCCACAAUGGCGAACCGGACCUAUGGGUCCAAAAACCUUGUGUAAUGCAUGUGGAGUUCGAUACAAGUCAGGUCGGUUGGUACGGGAAUACCGACCUGCAGCAAGUCCAACAUUUGUGUCAACAAAACAUUCAAAUUCACAUAGGAAGGUAAUGGAGCUUAGAAGGCAAAAGGAGUUGCAAACGGCACAACAACAUCAACUCCUUGGCCAAAGUUCAUUUUUCGGAUUAUCCAAUGGCCAGGAUGAGUACUUGAUUCAUCAUCAAACAGGAUCCGAUUUUAGGCAUAUGAUUUAGGGUGGAGCUCCGAGUUUAACGAUGUAUUGUAGUUUAAAAGAAAAGGUGGAGGGAGAAGAGGAUUAUUUAGUGAUUGGCACUAAUGUACCUUUAAUUGUUCUUCAAUUGCCCAAUUUGGCAAAAUUAGAAGUGAAAUCUAUCUUUUUGGAAGAAAAUUAUUUAUUAAAAAAAAAACCUUUAUUACUAAGCA